AGAAAACACAAAGAAGAAGAGGGAGCAUAGUGAGAACUGAGAAGUGAGAUUUGUCAGAGCUUGUAAGAAUUGUUACAAAUCUGGGGAUAAGCCUUGACAUAAAUUAAAGAAUUUAUUUUCUUUCCUUGGAUUUUAAAUAUUAGGAAUUAUUAAAUGGUUUCAAAAUCAUUCUUUUUUGAAAUGUCUGAGUUUGGUAAAACACUUGAUUUUUGCUCAGGAUAAUAUGCUGUUUUUUUUAUAUCAGCUCAUUAGUUGAAAAUUUAUCAGCGCAAAAUGGCAUCUCCUAAAAGAUCUUGGAAGCUUCAGGAGUUUGUGGCGCAUGGCGCAAACGUGAAAUGUCUUUCGCUGGGGCACAAAUCAGGAAGAGUGCUCGUCACAGGUGGAGAUGACAAGAAGGUCAACUUGUGGGCAGUCGGCAAGCCCAACUGCAUCAUGAGCCUUACUGGUCAUACGAUGCCAGUGGAGUGUGUGAGGUUCAACCCGACAGAAGAGCUUGUGGUGGCCGGUUCUGGGGCAGGUGCCAUGAAAAUAUGGGACCUUGAAGCUGCUAAACUGGUCAGGACUCUCACUGGGCACAAAGCUGGCCUCAAAUCGCUCGAUUUUCAUCCGUAUGGCGAUUUCCUUACAUCUGGAUCUCUUGAUACAUCAGUCAAGUUAUGGGACAUCAGAUGUAAAGGAUGCAUUUUCACGUACAAAGGACACAAGCAAGCCGUGAACAGUGUGAAAUUCAGUCCCGAUGGCCAGUGGAUAGCCUCAGGCGGAGAUGAAGGCGCCGUCAAGCUGUGGGAUUUGCGUGUUGGUCGCGUACUGGCAGAAUUCAGCGAUCACUGCGGCUCUGUUACGGGAGUGGAGUUCCAUCCUCAUGAGUUCCUGCUUGCCUCAUCAAGUGCUGAUCGCACUGUCAACUUCUGGGACCUUGAGAAUUUCUCUCUUGUAUCGACCACUGAAAGAGAUAACACCUUCGUUAGAUGCCUCGCGUUCAGCCCCGAAGGAGAAUGUCUGUUUGGUGGAAGCAACGACACACUCAAAGUGUUUGUAUGGGAGCCGGCAAGAGUUUUGGACUCGGUCAAUGUUGGCUGGUCGAAAGUACAUGACAUCGCCUGUGCUCAGAGUCAGCUGAUUGGCGCCACCUUCCACAUGAUGAAUGUGAUGCUGUGGGUUGUUGAUCUGAAGAAAGUGAACCUGAGUGUGGCGUUGGCCGACACGCCGGUGCAGUCGACAUCCAGCUCAGGGCCAGGGCAAGCUACCACCGCCACCCCGUUCGCCCAUGGCCAAAGCGUCAGGAAAAGCUUCAGCAAACAAAAACCUUCGCCUGAUGCAAAAACUAAAAUAUCUGUGAAAACAAUUGAUGAGGUGGAGCGGUCAGAAACCGACCCAGAAGACGAUACACAACCAAUAAUCCCCGAUGUCAACGAUUACAGAGCAGUAUUUCAUCCCAAUAGAUCACUUAAUCGAAGCCCUCCUCCAAGCAACCCUUUUGUUCCACCACUUAGUGAUGAUGAUGUUCCUAAGAUAGCGAUAGUAAAUCCGGUGAUUGAUUCGCCGCCGAAAUCGUUUUCGCCGGAGAAGCAUAUGACCUCCUUGGAGUUGAACGAGCGUCGGUCACCCCCCACCCCUUCCCCGCCUUCCUCGCUGCCCCUGCCACAACCCCCCCAGAGGCCGCAGCGUCGACUCAGCACCUCCACCCCCAUCCCCAUCCACAGAGAUGAGAUGCUCUCCUCUCCUGAAACUGAAUACCCUGUCAAACUGACCAGUGCUCACCAAAGUCCCAGUGAACCAUCACUUAGCCGCGUCACUCCUAGUCAUUCAAGGAAUAACAGUUCCUCCAAUCGAUCAAAUUUUCAACCUUUCGGAAGGCAUUCAAUGCUUCCUCAACCAAAAGCUGACCAGAAUCAUAGCAAUCAAAAUAACAGAUCAUCACUCGUUCAAAAACUGAAUAUAUCGGUCCAGAGAGAGAGAAAUUCUCCAAAUAAUAUCAACAAUUCAACAAAUUCAGUGAAAGAAGAUAAAGAUGAUGAUUUUAUUCCGAUGACUGCUGAUCGACCCACGGGUCUUGAUUUGGAUGAUUUCUUACCUAAGAGUUAUCAGAGGUCCUUAUGUUAUCAACAAAGUUUUAACGAAAUGUCUGAAGCAGAAGUGAUCUCCUCGAUCAUGCGAGACCACGAAUCGAUGAUCGCCGUGCUCAAAAGUAGAGAAAGGAGUUUACAAAUCGUUUAUUCCAUGUGGCAUAGUAAAGAUAUCAAGACUGCUGUUGAUUCAGCCAUUGCCAUGAAUGAUCAGGCUGUGAUAGUAGAUCUUCUGGGUGUCAUCACUCAAAGACCUAAUAUAUGGAACUUGGAUGUGUGCGGUGCUCUCUUGCCAGCCAUCUACAACCUGCUGCAGAGCAAGUUCGAAAUGCAUAUUACAGUUGGUUGUGAUGCUCUUAGAUUGAUUCUAAGAAACUUCUCAUCAGUGAUCAAAUCAAACAUGAUGUCGGCUUCUUCGCCAGUAGGUGUUGAUAUAUCCAAAGAAGAAAGGUAUAAAAAGUGUGUUAGAUGCUACAACAGUUUGGUGUCGAUCCGCGCAUUCCUUCUGAAGCGACAAACUGUGCCAGGCAAGCUAGGCCAUACGUUCAGGGAGCUUCAUAUUCUUCUUCAAAAUCUCGAAACUAACUAAUCUUUGUGAGAAGCUCAAAUUGAUCCCCAGAUAACAUACAACUUUGGAUACCACUCAAUUCUAGUAGACCACUUUUCUUAAUAAUGAAGUAAAUAUCUAAAAAAAACAAUAACAAAGCACUAUAGCUUUAAUAAAAAGAUAGUUUUAUGAUGUAAUUAUUUAUGUCAAUACUUAAAAUUACUGAUAAUUCUAGUUUAAUAUUACAAUUACUAUUAUAAAUUAAAAAUUUAACAACCACCAAAUUUAUGAACUUCUAAGAUAUGUUUGUAGUUAGCUGGUGAUAGAAUUCAAAUUGAAGAUAUUAUAAGAGAUAUUUAGGUAUUCUUUAUUCUUAGUAAGUGUAUUUACCCGACUAUUAAACUUUCUUUCGUAUCAGAUUUCUUUAUAAUCCGUGAAAUUAAACAACAAGGUAUUUAUGAAACAUGAUAACUAAACUACUAUUAUUUAUGAAAACAGGAGACUUGUUUUCUAAAAUAUCCAUGUCAUUCAGGCGUAACACGUACCCCACAUCUAUUCGCACUGCGUCCUCCUUAAGGUGCAUACAGAUAUACGCGCCGCGAACAUGAGCAAUUCACUUUUAAUCAGCUGACUAUAUCUGUAUUUUUACAGAAACGGUAAGAUACAGAUAAUUAUAAAAAGCUUGGCAUCAGCUGAUUGAAAGUGAAUUGCUCAUGUUCGCGGCGCGUAAAUCUGUACGCACCUUUAUGUAUAUGAUUUUCUAUUAUCAGGAAAAAAGUAUUUUUAAAUUUCUCAUUGUAAAUUGUCGUUAACCUUUUUUUCAGAGACGAUUGAUCUAUGACAUUAUUCCACUUGCAAGUGUCGAAAUAAAUCGAUGAUUGGAUGUGAAUAUUAUAACUUAUCCUCAAAAUUAGUUCAACUCUAUCAAACAAAUGAGAAUUUUUCUGCAACUAUAAACAUGUUUUACCCAGUAAAAUCAUUCAGCAUAAUUUUUUUCACAUAACAGUGCUUCCUGUUUUUUAUGAUGAAUUUGAAUUAUUUCCUUCAAUCUUGAUAUGCAAGAUUUGUUUUUGCAUUUCGAGUGAAACUUGAGUAUUCCUUUUCCCAAAGUAGUACCGUACUAUGUUUUCAUUUCAAAAAUUGUAUUCUAUUUUUCUUAAUGUACGGAAAUGUAAUCUGAUGUCAAUUUAAUGGUAAAUGGUAACUAUAAAACUCUAAAUAAUUUGUAUUAAUUCACGUGAAUCACUAAAAAAUGUUCAUCUUGAAUCCCUUCAUCUUGAAAUAUCAUAAUAAUUGCUAUAGAGAUCAGUUUGACUUGAAAUUUUUUUAAAUCAUUAAAUUCUAUAUUCCAGAAACGAAUUUUAGAAAUGGAAAUUCAGAAAACUUCUUAUUAUCCAAACUUCUGUUCAACAUUCUUUUCUAGUCAAGUUGGACAUUUUUAGCAAUGAGUUGUUCUAAUUUUUCCCGUCUUUUUCAUUUGUGGAUGUCUCGAUGGAACUGGUUAACAGUCAGACUUCCAAUAAAUUAUUGAAUGUCAUACAUUGAGAAAUUCAUGUAAUUGAGAGUCUGGAAGAUUGAUUAUUUUUUCAAAAAUUUAGCUCUAAAAUGCACUCUAAAUGAGGACAGUAUCAUUGAUGAAAUGCCAUCUCAUUAGGAGUAUGAGAGCGUGCAGGGAGCUAGGGCAGUCCAAUCAGUACUACUAAAAAAGAAGAGAUAGAGGAGUUCAAAUCUCUAGGAUAAUUGAAAAGAAUGAAUUCUGCUAGAAAUAAAAAUUAUUCUGGAUAUAUCCUUCUUUUUGAUUCCAAAUACUGAUAUUUUUUGUUAUAAUAACGUGUGCAAACUUUUU